AUGGGAAAGAAAAGACGUGGCCCCACGAUCGAAGAGGUUUUGGCUCGUCCGUGGUGCUACUACUGCGAGCGCGACUUUGACGACCUCAAAAUCCUCAUUUCGCACCAGAAAGCAAAGCAUUUUAAAUGUGAGAGAUGUGGUCGGAGGCUCAACACUGCAGGAGGAUUGUCGGUGCAUAUGAGUCAAGUACACAAGGAACAACUUUCCGCAGUCGACAAUGCCCUUCCCAACCGAUCGAGUCUUGAUGUCGAGAUCUUCGGCAUGGAGGGUGUCCCCGAGGAUAUCAUCCAAUCGCACAACCAGCGUGUUUUGACCCAGUUUCAGCAGGCGGAGGCGGAGCGGCAGGCCGUGACGGGGAACCCUCCUGCUGGUGUUGGUGCUGGCGGACAGCCGGCGAAAAAACCGAAGCUGGAAAAUACGUCGGAUCUCAAGAAGCGUCUGGCAGAGCAUAAGGCCAAACGGGCCGAGGCCCUUGCUGGAGGUAGUAGUGGGGAAGCCACACCGGUUGGAGCAGGGCAGACACCGACUCCUACUGGAUUUGGCCAAACUCCUAAUCCAUCUGCUGCCAACUCACAAUAUUCAUACCCGCAGCCGUACGGCGGUGCUCCUUCCCCGUACCAACAAACGGCAAGUCCAGUCUAUCAGAACUUCUCACCAGGUGGGCAGCCACAGUUCCCUCCCAGUGCACAGUACACUCCGGGAUACUCUCCACAGUCGUUCCCCGCCGGGACUCCAGGACAGCCUACUCCCGCUUAUGGAAACACACCUCCACCCCUCUCGCAGCAACCUACUCCCCAGAACCCUACCCCUCCACAACCCGCUUCCGCAUUCCCCCAACGACCGGGCAGCUUACCAACCGCCCCAAGUCUGCCGCAACGACCUUCCUUCGGUGCCCCGCAGGUCAACGCCUUCCAGAUGCAACAGAUGCAUAUGGGCCACUCGAUUCCCGGAACAGUGCAGCCCGGUACCUCUAAUGGCGAGAAGGCUCCCGGGGCAGAGGCUGCACCGAUAUCCGCGUCGGUUGACGAUCUUAUUUCCGGUGCGGCGAAAGCAGCUGACCAAGCUGUGGCGGGUGGUACACCAGCUGCAGAAGAGAAACCAGCUGCAGAAGAGAAACCAGCUGCAGAAGAGAAACCAGCCAAGAAAGACAAGUCCAAACAAGCAAGAUUGGUAUAUUCUGAUAACGAAACCAGUCCGGAGGAGAAGAUGUCCAAAUUGCCCAGGUACGCAUUCGUUCCCGAUCGCCAAGCGGAGACUGUCCUUGAAGAGCUUCCAGCUGCUUCCGUGGUGGGGACUGUCAGGGAAACGGACACUGUCGUCGAUCCCGCGCAUUAA